GAGCAAUAUCAAUGCACUGCCAUGAUUUUACUACAUAUUUCCCUCUCUUCCCUCAUUCUUGUCAAGUAAAUAUACCAAUUAGUUUUGGUUUCUAUCUCUGUGUAGUAUACAAUCAUUCCUCCUGUCGCACAUUGUCUUUGUCUUAUCGGUACAAGAAAUCGAUCCAUAACCUUUUAUACUCUUCAACAGACGAAUGUUUACAUUCAUCUUCAACUUUCUCGUUCGGGUUCUCAAUCAUUUCUUCAAUAUGCCGGGCAUAUUUCAAAAAGUUGAGGAUAUACUACAUCAUGCAGAGCAUCAGGCACCACCGCCUAAACGCUUACCCAGUGAAUGGAAUCAUGGAGUUUUCAAGGCAGAACUUCUUGCUCAUUCUAUUUUCGCGGGAGAACGUGAUCAUAACAAAUUGAAGGAAGAUUUGAAGAAAGCUAAAUUCGCUACGGGUACAUAUAUUGGGACCAAGAAAGCGGUUUCAGAAGUUUAUACUCUAGUCAAUAAAUCAUUCGCCUCUUUCUUCGAUGUACAUCAAUUGGAAUCUCAUCUUCCUACCGCCCCCAUCUCGCUUGAAGAGAAGAAAGAACGCUUCCAAUUCCAAACUCCCGGUUCGGAUGGCUACCCCCCUCAUCUAAGUCUUGAACCCAAAGUCGAUUUCUUUCACUCCCUCAAAAUCUUUCAACCAGAGCGACUCUUUGCCACAGCACCCAUAGUGCAAAAAGUGAUUCCCGAAAAAUUUCUCGAUUUCGCCUAUGAUGAGCCAAAUCAACGUACCUUCGCUCUCAUUGAGUCUGUUAACAAAAAACUCUUUGAUGAGAGAAGAGAUAUUGGAAAGGUAGCUAAUAUAGGAACGCGAAAAGAUUGGUAUAGUGAUGAAGUGUAUGCGCAACAGCAAUUCACGGGGGUCAACCCGGUGACGAUUAGAAAGGCAGGGAAGGAAUGGAUUCAAAUGUUUAAGGCGGCGGCGAGUGCGCAGGAGAAAAGAGAUAGUUUGAGGGUGAUUGAGGAGGGGGAGAGGCAGGGUGGAUUGUAUGUGCAGGAUUGUAGCUAUUUCCGAAAGUUUGCAGGGGUGGCUCAGGGGGAGGAUUUGAAGAGUGAUGAUGGGAAGAGGUUUGGGUGUGCGAGUGUUAGUCUUUUUCAUCUCCUUCCAAAUGGUACUCUUCAUCCUCUGGCAAUCAUUCUCGACUACCGUACCAAUAUCACCGAUUCUCUCACUCUCUUCAAUAAACGUACUUCUCCUACAUCCCCCAGAACUCACGAAGCAACCGAUUGGCCCUGGCGCUACGCAAAACAAUGCGCCCAAGUAGCCGACUGGCACGCCCACGAACUGGGUUCUCAUCUCACCCACACCCAUCUAAUCGAAGAAGGAAUCAUCAUCUCCUCCCACCGCUACCUCCCUGAAACCCACCCCGUAUUCCAACUCCUCGCACCACACUGGCUCAAAACUCUCCCCCUCAACGCCGCCGCAAGAGCAAGUUUAAUCCCCCAAGUCAUCGUGCACAUCAACGGACUCCCCGAAAAAGGCAGUCUCCAAAUGGUGCGCACACAAUACGAAACCUUCGAUUUCGUCGGCGGCUACAUCCCGCACGAUCUCGCAUCCCGCGGCUUCCCCCCCGCCGAACUCGACGCCCCCAAAUUCCACAACUACGCCUAUGCGCGCAACAUGCAGCACAUCUGGGGCAUUCUCCACCGUUUCGUCUCGGGCAUGCUGCGCCCCUCGUACGCCUCCGACUCCGCCGUGUCUUCCGAUACCCAUCUCCAGGACUGGUGUCGCGAGAUCCAAAGCCCAGAUGGCGCGAACAUCUCCUCGUUCCCUACCCUCCGCACCUUCGACCAACUCACAGACGCAGUCACAAUGUGCAUCCACAUCGCGAGUACCCAACACACCGCGGUAAACUACCUGCAAGACUAUUACCAGGCCUUCGUGCCCAACAAACCCUCUGCGCUCUUCGCCCCGCUGCCCUCUUCGCUCCCCGACCUAUUAUCCUACACGGAAGAAUCGCUCAUCGCAUCCCUGCCCGUGCGUGAACCGCGCUCUUGGCUCUUGGCUUCGCAUCUCCCGUAUCUGCUUAGUAGUGUAGUUGCAGAUGAGCAGUCUCUAUUGGAGUAUGCGCUCAGUGUGCGUGGGGUAGCGGGGUUGAGCGAUGGGGUUGAUGAGAGGGAGGGGGUGGCGGGGAGGUUUUAUGAGGAGCUGGUGCGGGUGGAGGGGGUGGUGGAUCAGCUGGCGUUGGGGGUGGAUGAUAAGACGGUUUUGUAUCGGGUUUUGGCGCCGGAGAGGACGGCGGUGAGUAUUUUGAUCUGAGGGGGUGGGUUGGGGUUGGAGUUUGAUUUGAGGUUGGGGGAUUGCGGAGAAGAGAGCGUUGAGACACUUUUCGCUAUACUAUGCUAUAUAAUACCUUUCCUGAUAUAGAACUUAUAGAUAGACCUUUCAAUAUGUAGAUAUGAUUCAAAUGUUCCUCAUCA